AUGGAUAACGCAAUGUCUAUGACACGGGCUCCUGUUACGCAGCUUCGGCCACUGCAUACUCAACGACAGUCAGCGAAGGAGUCCCGGCCGAUCAGCUGGACCAGCUCUGUCGAGCCUAGAGCUGAUGAAGAAACCGCGAUCAAGGCAUUUGUGAAGCUUGUUUCUCAUCUUGUCAUUCUUGAUGAAGGGGAGAAUUUUUGUAUUCAACAUACUAAGCGAGGUGGUUUUUUCCUGGCUCAGUAUUCGAGUUCUGAGAGGAAUGAGCCUGGUAGCUUCCGUUUUGUUAAAGAUGAGAAUCAUCAAGAUAUUCCAUCUGAUUUCUCUAUUGGUGAAGGCCAGGUGAGUUUGAUGCUAGUUCCUCAAGCCAGGGGCGUUUUGCAACUCAAGACCGAUGCGAGUAUCAUCCCCGAGUCUGCCCUGAGGUCUCUUGGUUGCAUGCUAGACGACAUUCUUACUGGAUCUGAAUGGACUCAGCCUUCUGUCCUCAACUUUCCUCCACGAUCUGAGCCCAUCUCCCUCACUCAUGGCGAUGGGACUUUGACCAACGAUGGUACAAUGAGCUCACUCAUUUAUCACCAAUUUGAGAGGCGUGCGUCUGAAACUCCUGAUAGGGUUGCUAUCGACUACCUGACGGACCUCGAGAGUGAAAGUCGCGUGACCUUUACCUAUCGUCAGAUUGCAAAUGCAGCAACAGCAUUGGCGGGCAAGAUUGCGAAGGCCUGCGAGGAAUCGACACAGUCUCUCAAGACGGUCGCAGUGCUCAUUGGGCCAUGCCCAGAGCUCUACAUUUCCUAUUUGGCAGCUCUGAAGGCGGGAUUUGCCUUCUGUCCCAUCGCCAUAGACGCGCCUAGAGAGAGAAAGGAAGCUUUGAUGGCGGACUUGAAGCCAUCUGCAUUACUUACAACAACAUUCUUGUUAGAGUCAGCGUCAUCCUCCUUUGUGAAUUCCUCGUCAGAGACUAUCAACGUAACUCCCUUCCUGCAGGCUUGCGAUACUGAACCAGAGAAACAACCAACAACAGCACCAAGGAGCGCGAACGACUUGGCCUACAUCUUAUACACAUCAGGAACUACUGGGCUGCCCAAAGGAGUGGCUGUCAGCCAUCUCUCGGCCUCAUGUACCAUCUCUGCCCUCAGUGCCCACUACGGCUUCCCUCUACCAUCCGUUACAUCCAAGCCUGUCAGGUGGUUUCAAGGCGCUGCACCUACCUUCGACAUUUCGCUAUUUGAGAUCUUUUGGACUCUCAGUACAGGCUCAACGCUUUGUUGUGCGCCUCGAGAAUUCACUCUGCAAAACAUCGACAAGGUUGUUACUGCCUUGGAGGCCGAUAUCACUAACAUCACGCCUAGCUUCGCCAGCUUGCUCGAUCCCUCAUCGAUCAGUGGACUCAUGGUCGGUGGUGAGACCUUGAAUGCUCGAUUGCUCCAGAAGUUUGCUCCCUACAACCCGACCGCGAAGGAGGAAUCUGGCCAAGUACCUCGAGGCAUCUAUAAUGGAUACGGACCUACCGAGACGGCCAUUUACAGUAUUGCACAAGCUCAUGUGCCCGAGGGCCAGCGCGGAUCCGUCAUCGGAACACCCUUAGCAACAUGCGGCGUUCUUAUUGUUCAGCCCCUGCAUGUUCCUCAAGCCGGGGAGAGCCUGAAGCCCCUCCCCAUGGGCGCAGUGGGAGAACUCGUCAUCACUGGACCCCAAGUUAGCAGAGUGGGCUACCUGAACCGGCUAGACGAAACAUCCAUGGCAUUCCGAGAUGAUCCACAAUGGGGUCGCGUCUACAAGACUGGUGAUAGGGCCAGAAUUGUCUGGGACAACAUGGGCUCCCCCAUGGUAGAGUUUCUGGGCAGGCUCUCUGAUGAUCAAGUCAAGCUCAGUGGGCGACGUGUUGAGUUGGGUGAAAUUGAGAGUGUUCUGGCCAGCAAGGUCCCUUCUGUGAAGGAGACUCUAUCCUGCGUCUGGAAGCAAGGUACGGAGACAGGUUCGGAGAAGGUCGUGAGUCUGAUUGUCGUUGAUCCAAGUGCGAACUUCGAGACUGUACACCAGGCGUGUUUGGAUGCGUCUCAGCAUCAUCUCCCUGACUACAUGAGACCUUUCAAGAUCUUGCAAGUCGAUGCGCUUCCGAGAUCCGCUUCUGGCAAGGCAGAUCGCAAAGCAGCUUUGGCACUUGUCAACAAGAUGUUAAAGUCCGAACUCGGCCGCCGCGAAUCUACCAGCAGCGGCAUGACUGAGAGCAUUGAGCUUUUGGAAAACCCUCAGGAUGCAGAGCUUGAGCAUGAGAUCAUUUCAAUCGUGAGGAAUGUUCUUAACGACUCGCCUACUUCAGGUCUAUCCUUCACUGCAAAUACAGUGCUUGUCGACGCAGGUAUCGACAGUCUUCGUGCAAUGAGGAUCUUGCGAGACAUCAGGGACCGUUGGCCAGGGUCUCAGAACCCUCAGCUUGAGCCGUCACUGGCACUUCUUCUCGACAACAGCGCAACCACCCGCUCAGUCUUUUUCCCUACCAGUCAAGACAUCGAUACUUCAAUCACCAAAGCUGGUAGGCAAACCAAAACAAAGGCUCAACUUGAGACAUUCUCCGCGAAGCAUAUGCCAGAGGUAUUGGACAAACUCAGCCUCUCUAAGUCCGACAUCGAGAUGAUUCUGCCAGCAACUAGCACACAGAGCCAGUUAGCAGUGAGCUUUGCCAUGGACAAGCGUAACUACAUCAGCCAUACCACGCUUAGACUCAAGCCUGAUGUCUCACUACAAACUCUCAAGGACUGCGUUGAGACAACGAUGUCGAGACAGCCCAUCUAUCGAACGGCAAUGCUUCCUUGUGAUGACGAUCUUUCUCCUUUCCUCCAGGUUGUAGUGACACCAGAAGCAUGGCAAAGAAUGAGCGGUAAUUCUGAACGCAUUGCUCACAGGAAAACCAGCCCUGGCAGUAUCUCUGCUGGCGUGCAAACCUUGCUGGACCUCGCGGAGGAGAAUCUCAGCCUUGAGUCGCAUAGGCAGUACCAAGUACAGAUCAUUGAUCCCGAAGAGGCUUGCAGUGGUGGUCUUUUGAUCAUCAGCGCUGCUCACUGCAUCUGUGACGGACCUUCACUUGAAGUGCUGAUGACAGAUAUCACUCGUCAAUACUCCGGCCUUGAGCCACUUCCACGUCACGGGAUCUACGAUGCUGUUUUCGAAUGGGCAUCUAGUCUCAAUCUAGAGACAGACCAGCUGUGGCAGAAGGCUCUAGAAGGAUGGGAGACCGAGCCGCUUGGAGCCAUCAGCGGCAACAACGUCAAGCCGACUUCAGCCAAGACUCGUCAACAUGCAAUGGUACAACAUACUAGUCCGAUUCUGUGGGAACUUCUCGAGAGUAAGAGUAGGGCAUUGGGAGGCUCUCCGCUCACGAUUCUCCAAGCAUCUUGGGCCAUGCUUCUACACAUCCUCUCCGAGGCAGAUACCGACGACGUGACCUUUGGCAGUGUUCUUUCAGGUCACCAUCAAUUUGUCCACGGCCCAACAUUCUCUGUCGUGCCUUGUCGAGUUGCCUUACCUGAAGCACAGACUCUCAGACAGCUCGUCGGCAGCUUGAUGGACAAUUCCAGAUUCGCUCAAAGUCACAGACAUACAUCCUUCGGCAUCUUCAAGACACUUCCCUACAACACUGCACUAGCCUUGCAAGCUUACCCCCAGCCUGAAGAAGACGGAGCAGACAAGACAACUUUGCUCUGGACUGAGGUCUCGAAUCCUGCUAUACGUUACGACUUUGCCAUGUUUGCAGAGGUGUUCCCUACAAACCCAAACUUGCCUGAUAGGAAUGGAAGAUUCGAUGAUGUCGUCUUCAAAUUGACGUAUCGUGACGAGACAUUCUCAGAUACUUCUGCAUCAUGCGUCGUUAAGCAGUUUGCUGCACUCACUGAGAUUAUUCUGAAGUCACUGCCUGAUGAUCUGGUACAGAGUCUGCCUGCGCGCAUUGACAGGAGCCUACUGUCUGCUGAGGGAACGAUCCCAGUCGUAGAAGAAGAAGGCUUGGACGACGCAGCUAGAGAAAUUCGCGAUAGAGCUCAACUUCUGCAUGCUCAGUUCGAAGAUCAAGCUGCGAAGACUCCCGAUCUCUUGGCACUGAGCUUCUACUCUUCACUGGACUCCGCUCCCGUUGAGAUGAGCUACGCAGAGCUUGAUGCCAGGGCCAACGGUCUAGCGAACAUCUUGCGCGAGCAAGACAUUGACAUCAUUCCAAUUUGCAUGGAACGCAGCAUCGAGCUUUAUGUAUCUGUCUUGGCCAUUCUCAAGGCUGGAUCUGCAUGGUGUCCCAUCGACACAACGUCUCCAGUGCAACGUCGAACGUCUCUCAUCGCUCGAGCGCAGAGCAAGGUGCUUCUCACAACCACUGAGUCUUUGCCUCUCGUGAAGCCUUGCCUCGCUCAAGAUGCCCUCAAGGAUGUGCAAGUCAUUCUGGUUGACAGGUACAAUGACCACAGUACAUCGGUUCGAGCGAAACCACGCAACAGCAUCUCCGAUAUCACAGGACAGGACUUGGCAUAUCUUCUGUGGACCUCUGGAACUACAGGUGAGCCAAAGGGUGUCAUGAUUCAGCACAGCGCUGCGGCUCAAGCGAUGCGAGACCUACAAGUCCUCGUCGAGCACGAUGAUCGUGAGCAGGUUCGCACCCUGCAACUCUCCGCUUACAGCUUCGAUGUCUUCGUGCAAGACCUGUUUUACACCUGGGGUCUGGCAGGAAGUGUCAUCAGCGGUACACGAGAAUUAGUCUUAGGCACAUUCACCGAGUUCAUCUGGAAGUCUCGUCCAACCCACGCACAUCUGACACCUUCAUUCGGAGCCAGUAUUGCUGUUCAGGAACUCAAGGGCUCAACCCUUCAGUACGUCACGUUUAUCGGCGAGAAAUUGACGGAAGACGUCGCUGAAGCUUGGGCGCAUCCCGAUAUUACGACUCGUGCAUACAACACGUAUGGCCCAGCUGAGAACGCCGUCGUCUCUACGAUGCGACAGUUUUUUGGUAAGAGUCGAGACACAGCCAAAGCUGCCAAUGUCGGCUUUCCUCUAGAUCACUGCACGGCCUAUGCUGUUCGCGAGGUUGAGAUCUCACAAGGCACCAAGCGAUGGGAGCUUGUUCCUCGGUAUGGAGUCGGUGAGCUUGCCUUGGGUGGUGCACAAGUGGGCAAAGGAUAUCUUGCAAACGAGGCCAAGACUACCAAGGCAUUCAUCCAGGGUGGUCCAGGCAUUGAUGAGCGUAUCUAUCUCACUGGAGAUCUCGUGCGAUUGAAUGACCAUGGCUUUGAGUUUCUCGGCCGUAACGAUGACCUUGUCAAGAUUACUGGCAUUCGCAUCGAACUCAGCGAGAUCAGCGCAGCGUGUGCGAGUCUGAAGGAUGAUGACGCUGCUGUUGAACAUGUCGAGACAUUGUACCUCCAACGUCCAGGUGCACCCGCUGGCAAUAGCAACAAAGUCGUUGUCACGUUCGUCUCUGUCAAGACUGGUAACGUCGACACUUCCGAGAUCAGAUCUCAGGUGUUCAAGCGGGCCAAGGAUCUCUUGCCUGCUUACAUGGUGCCUGGACACGUUGUUGUUCUGGAUACAACGAUGCCCCGAACUGCUUCUAACAAGGUUGAUCGCAAGGCGCUGCAGGCUAUUUACGCGGAGUCAGAUCUCAACGUGUUAGCUGGCAGAGAUGAUUCGGCGCAAGUCCAAGGGCAGGGCCAUCAGACCAAGCAGCAGUGGGCGACGGAUCAGCUUCCUAUUCUUGAGACAAUCACCGGACACUUCAAUCUCCCAACAGAGAACCUUUCUCCGGAUGACAGUCUAGCAGGUCUCGGUCUCAGCUCGCUACAAGUCACGAAGCUUGCUUGGUUGCUAAGGCGAGAGCUCAAGUGUCAAGUUGGGGUUCUAGAUCUCAUGAGGUGUGAGUCUCUGGGAGAACUGGUCGAUGUCACACUCAGCCGCAUGCCAAAGGAGGCUGAGGUAGACCAGUCUGCACCAACAGGAGAGACAGAAACAUCCUGGCUUGCGUCUAUCAAGAAGGCGCUAACCGACAACAUCAAGGGCGACAUGCGACCCUCUGAUACGCAGUAUAUCCUCCCCGCAACGCCAAUGCAAGAGUCCCUCAUCGUCGAGACUAUGCUUGAGCCACAAGCCUACUGGGCGCAUCGCGUGUUUGAUCUCAGCCAUUUGGACGACGUCGACGAUCGCCAGUUGAAGAGAGCUUGGACUGUGGCAGCCAAGCGCUUCGAUAUCCUCCGAACUGUCUUUGUCCCCUUAACACAGCUAGACGUAGAUGGCAGCGACAACACAGUUUCUUGGGCUCGCGAGAAGGGUGUUCACUCUACGAUCCUCCAGUUGGUUCGAGAAAACCCAACUUUGCACUGGUCUCAGAUUGGCUCUGAGGAUGAUCAGAGUCUCGGUGAGCUGGCCAAGAAGUUGCAGUUGGAGCUGUCCCCAACGACCACCAUAGAGACACCGUGGGCUGUCACCUUCGUCGAAAGCACCAAGAAAAUGAUGCUCAGUAUGCAUCAUGCCCUCUACGACGCCGUAGCCUCUGACGUCUUCCUAGAGACCGUCACGAGCUUGUAUCACAUGGAGUCUGUCGGAGAUGUCGGCGGGAUUGUGCAGUUUGAGACUGGUCUCGGUCUCGGGCUGUUGCCAACUCCAUCCAAGAGAGACGAAGCAGCUGCACUAUGGAGUCGCCGGCUGGAUGAGGUCAGCAAGACGGCCAGUGGAGGCACGUUGAGCGCACCUUUCCCUGACCUCACACAAUCUCGACAGAAACAGGCUCAGAAGAUUCUCAUGUCCAGGAAAGACAUUCCUGCUCCAUUUCUCCAAUCUACUUCGGCAGUUGCACUUCCAACACUGCUCCAAUCCGCUUUCGGCUGCGUUCUCGCCUCAUAUCUCGAACUUGAUGCCGUCGCGCUCGGUCACACUAUCUCUCAGAGAGUCCUUCACCCAGAUCUCGCACGAGUUGUUGGUCCCGCUAUCGCCACGUUGCCUCUCAUCAUUCGCUCCAACGCUGCUUCAUCCGAGGAACUCUGGAAGGAGAUGGCUACCGAGUCAGCACAGAUGUUCCAGAGCACACACAAUCUUCACCCCGUAGAUGUCAAGAAAAUGCUCAACCGAGGUAGUGGGAGUAGCAAUGCUCCAUUCCCGGGCCUUUUCGUAUACCAUCCUGCGUCAGAUGAUAACCAAGCUGAAGCUAUUCAGUCUAUGUUCAAGGAAGUCGGGCAGGCAUUGUCGCUCAACGUUGAGCAUCCCCUUGCUUUGAACAUCUUUGAGGCGAAUGGAACAAUCGAGCUAACUGGAGAUGGACGUCGCAUUUCUCAGGCUCAGUUGGACCUUUUGUUGGAUCAGAUCCUUGCCCAGGCGCGGGUUAUGACCGAAGCCCCCGGAGCACCUUUGACUCUGCUCCAGAACAGAAUGAGUAAGAGUCUUUUGUCUAUCAGUGGUGGAACUUGCAACGAAGAGACCGAAGCUGUCAAUCCGACUAGACACGUUUCUUUCCACGCAUCAGAGCAUCCGGAUUGGAUCGCCGUUGAGGAAGUCAUGUUCCAAUCCUCAGAUGACGAUGAGGGGAUUGCUUCAAAGACCCUCACGUAUGCCCAGCUAGACAAGCUCGCCAACGCCAUCUCUACGAGACUGACCCAGCAUGAGGCCCGUCUACAGCCUGAUGACCCUGUAGCUAUGUGCCUCGGUAGAGAUAUCAAGUCCUUGGCAGUCACUCUAGCCAUUUUCCGUGCUGGAUUCGUGUAUCUCCCUGUCGAUGAGGAUCUCCCGCCAGCUCGCAAACAGCUUCUCAUUCGAGAUGCGGGAGCUAAGCUUGUGAUCACAACCGAAGAGCUUAUCGGUGACUUGGGACUAGACGAUACCAAUGACCCCCCGCUGUUGCUGCUCCCAGAUACGAAUGAUGACAUCGACACCAUCAUGUCCUGGCCUGUAUCUGAAAUCCCAUCAACGACCGGCACUGGAGGUUAUCUCCUCUACACCUCUGGCUCUACUGGUCGUCCCAAGGGUGUGCGAGUUUCUAACGCCAACCUCUGCCACUUCAUUUCUGCCUUCAGUACUCGAUUGAUUGAACACUCGCCCGCCACUUCAAGACUUGAUGGUGUGGGGAAGUACCUCAACCUGACUUCGCGUGCCUUCGAUCCUCACCUGACGCAGCUUUUCGUGCCGUGGCAUCUUGGGCAUCGUGUCGUCAUUGGAAGGGACCGCACAGCUAUGAUGAUGAACCUCAAGGAGCUUAUCAAUGAGUUGAAAGUCACGCAUUUCGGGUCUGUCCCAUCGGUGCUGAGUCAAUUGAGGCUGAGACCUGAAGAUGUGCCCUCCGUGAGAGUGGUCACUACUGGUGGCGAGAAGGCCUCGAAUGAGCUUUUGAACACGUGGGCACAGACGCAAAACUCAGGCGCGGCAGACGAUGGAGCUGUUCUCUUUAACUUCUACGGUCCUACAGAAGUCACCAUUGGAUGUUUGGGCCAUGCUGUGCAUCAAGACUCCAACGCUCGCAAUCUUGGCCUUCCAUUACAAGGUCUUGAAGCUCUACUUCUAUGUCCCAACAGCGGUGGCGAUAGUCUUGUCAUUGCGAGAAGAGGUCAGCCAGGCGAACUUUGCAUCGCCGGUCCCCAGGUAGCGAUAGGCUAUCACAAUUGUCCUGUCGAACAAGCCAAGAGCUUCCAAACCAUUACUCUUCCUGACGGCAUUAACAAGAGAGUCUAUCGAACAGGCGACAUGAUGAGGAUGAUGAAUGACGGCUCACUCGAGUUCCUUGGCAGAGCUGAUCAGCAAACCAAGAUUCGCGGACAGCGACUUGAGCUGGAUGAGGUCGUUGGCUUCCUGAAACAAGUUGCAGGUGACAAGGGCGACUUUGACUUUGCAGCGACGGUUGCUUCCACGGUAGAUGAUAGCUCGAAUCAACAACAACAGCUGCUUGGCUUCAUGGCCAAGAAUCCCAGUGGUCCCAAAGGUCAGGCUGAACAGGAGGUUGAGAUGCUUGAAGUCCGAGAUGAAGAGUCAACUUCACUACUCGAGUUGAUCGAAAACGAGUGUCAGGACAAACUUCCUGCUUUCAUGGUACCAACACUAGUUUGGGUUACUAAGAUUCCAUACCUCGCUGCCUCUGGCAAGGUCGAUACCAAGAUCUUGGCGCGUUUGGCUAAAGACUUCCUAGCCAGUCAGCAAGACCGUGACGGAGACGACAUCAACUCGGGAGAUCUGCUUGGAUCUGGAGGCAGCCUGAGUGCGAAGGAGUCGGUUGUGGUCACGGCUAUUGAAGAGGCCGUCAGUGGCAAUGUCAAGGCAUCGAGUACUAGCAGCAUCCAACGUCUUGGUAUCGAUAGUCUUUCGGCAGUGAACUUGGUCUCUCUUCUGAGGAAACGUGGCUUUUCUCAGUUGAAGAUGACGCAUCUCCUCUCUUCAUCUUGCACAGUUUCAGAUAUUGCAAGACUUGCCGAUGAACAAGAGAGCCGUAGCCCGACGAACAGCACGCCUCUGUCAGCGCCUCCUUCCACAGAUAAUCUACACUCCCCGACCUUCAGCGUGUCAGUUCUAGGCCCCCUUCCAGAAGGUCUUGAUGGAUCCAACAUCGAAGCCGUCCUUCAUUGUCUGCCACUACAGUCCGCUCUCAUCGCGCGGUCUCUUGUCUGGCUCAGUGCCUUCAAUGAAAGAGAGAACACUCAAGGGCACGAUGUUCCAUAUGUCGCACAGUUCAGUUACCGUCUCAGUCGCGGCACAGACAUUAACAGAUGGAAGAAGACAGCCGAACAGGUCAUCGCUUCGGAGGCAAUGCUUCGAACUUGCUUCCUUCAACGUGAUGAUGAUGGCCAGAUCUUUCAAGUCGUUCUUCGUUCCUUGCCAUCUUCUCCUCUUGGUGGCCAUGGGCAUCCAGCGGAUAUUGUGUCACAGAUGAAUGCACGACCUCCAAUUCGACUGCAGUUUUCAAACGUUGGCGGAGACGAGACCAUCGUGUCACUCAACAUUCACCACGCACUAUUCGACGGCGUUGCUAUCAACUCCCUCAAGAAUAAGCUUGAAGCGGCAUAUAACAGCCGAACGUCUUCAAUUAGUGCAGCCAGCAGUUUAGCAACGCUGUCCACCAUCUCGAGUCACUGCAACCUACCAAAUGAGCAACUUGACGCUACAAGACGGUCGUGGCAACAACAAUUACAGGGCGUUCAACCAUGUCGCGUUGGAGCCAUUGAUGAUAACAACACUAGUGACAACAUGGCUCGUCAGACUCUAUGUCUUGGAUACACUACUUCUGAGCUCAACGCCAGACUCAAAGCUCACUCCCUGGGACCUGAAGGGACGGUAUCGGCGUCGUCCGCAUUCCAGCUGGCUGUCACCUUGUGCCUCGCUCAACUCACUAAACAGUCUUCCGUUGUUUAUGGCUUCAUCAUGUCACUUCGACCACUACUAGAUAACGUUGCCAAUGAUGUUGACAGCUUUGUUGGUCCAUGCCUCAACACUCUCAUUCGAGUCGCUACAAUAAACAGCCUCGAUGAGACUCUGCCUCAGCUGGCUCAGUGUGUUCAUAGGUCUCAUCUUGAUGUCUCCCAGGGUGCUAUGCCACUCGUUAGCGUCGACAAGGUCCAGCGCUGGUCAGGAUCGGAGGACAAGCUCUUCGAUAGUCUUCUAAGUAUCAAUGUCGUGCCUGCCAACGAACCCAGUGACGCCAAACCAGGACAGAUGACUGCUUUACCUACUCGUAGCAGUAGCGACAUGGCUUUAGCGUUUGACGUAGAUCUUCAUGCUGAUGGAAAGAUCAUGUUGACACUUUCUUCUGCUGGAGCAUUGAAUGUGGAGCAGCUCAAGAACGUUGGCCGACUGUUUGAGAAGGUUGUGUACAGCUGCGCUGACAAGACCGUUAAAGCGUCAGAUGUUGUUACUUUCCCUCUCGCUGCAAUGACCGUACCGACCAAGGUUCUCGAUGGCCCUCAAAGCAAUGGCACAUCGACAGGGACACCAAGUUACAAUCAGGCACUCUCUGACGUACAAGCUAUCCUCACUCGCUUCGUCCAUCUCAGUCUAUCUGAGCUGUCAUCCAAGCCUGAUUCAACGACCCUAUAUCAACUUGGUCUUGACUCCAUCACCGUUCUUCCAUUUGUCAAGUCGAUCAACAAGUCGCACAAGACCAAGUUGUCUUCGCACGCCGUGAUCAAGGCACGAACAGUCAAGGGCGUUGCACAGCUUCUGCAUGAUGCGAAGGUCAACUCUACUUCAGUCGACGGUGCCGUGUCCCACUCUAGCACCGAGCGUACCAAUGGUUCGUUGAGUGACACUGAGCUCUAUGACAGAAGCCUUGAGCGUCUAGCCAAGAGUCUCAUGUUCAUAGCAACGCCGCUUCAAGAAGGCAUGCUCAGCGCAUCUCUCGCCACUGAUAGCGAUGCAUACACAUAUGUUCAUGCCAUCCAACUUUCUAACUAUGCUCUUGCACAUGACACACCGAGUCUUGACAAGUUUUUCGCUGCUGUGAAAGACACGGUUCAAGCGUGUGAGAUUCUCAGAACGCGAUUCAUUUUCACUGAUAAUGAUGAGUCGCCGUGGGUUGGUAUCGUAUCCCCUACUGAGCAAAGCGAUCGCGUCAGCUGGGAGGUUCAGCCAACAGUCCCUGGUCGAGUACAUUUGCGAAUCCACCAUUCCCUCUAUGAUGCAACAUCAAUCCAGUCUAUUUGGAGUAUUCUCCAAGACUACUACAGCCGACGCCUCAACAAUGACCUGUCAGACGGCGUCGACGCGGCGAAGCAUAUGUACAAACCGUUUGCAAGGACUGUUGCCUCUUCACAGAGGGCAUCAAUUGCCUAUUGGAUGGAUUCCGUUCGUGAAUACACGUAUACGCCUCUCGACUUCCCUGGUGAUCAUCUCAAGGCAUCAUCUGCUGUCCAUAUCAGCUUUGACACGAGCCAACUAUCGCUUCUCCAGUCAAAAUGUCGGGAUCUUGGCGUGACCAUCAAAGCAGCACUACAGUUGUCCUGGAUCAAGGUCUUGUGCGAAUCCCUUUACAGACAAUCUGACGUCGUGUAUGGAGAAGUCGUUUCGACCGAUGCCGAUGAUGAUGUUGCCAUCGUUGGCCCGACUAUCAACACGUUGCCAUUGAGAGUGAAACUCGGUGACUCCGACGGCUGCAUCAAUGUAUCACAGGCCUUAGCACUUGUUCAGAAGCAGAUCGAUAGUGCAAGAGGCAUCAAUUCCAUGGCCUCACUGAGAAAGAUCCAGUCAAUCUGGAGAUCAGGGCAGAUAAGGUCAGAUGCACCAGCAACCCUUUUCCAGAGUCUCUUCGUAUUUGACGGGGUUCUCGGUACUUCAAAUACCAGCGAUGACUCAGAGAAGCUAUUCAAGUCUGUGCAGGCUGGAGCUGCUGGCACGACUGGACCAGCCUAUGAUGAUUACCCUCUCAUCGUGAGCUUCCAUGUUAAGGACAAUAUCCUCAAUGGGAAGCUGAGGGCCAAGCUACCCCAAGAGCAGGUCGAUGUACUGGGCAAGAGCCUGCAUGCAGCCUUGGACCACGUUCUUCAUAGACUUGACGUGCCUGUCGUUGACACCAAGUACCUUGACCCAGUCAACAAUACGGCGUCUCCAGAGACUAAGAGUGAUCCGGCGGAGUCUAGUAUGAACGGCUUGACUCCAGCAGCCGACGCAGCGUUGAAGCUUGCGGAGACAGUUGUAGGAACCAGACGAGGUGGAAAGAAGAUCGGCUACGACACGAGACUUAUCACCGUUGGCCUGGACUCUAUAUUAGCCAUUCGACUAUCGAAGCUUCUGAGACAGCAACUUGGACUCAGUGUCAGUGUUUUCGAGAUCAUGAAGGGCGCUAGUGUUCGCGACAUCAUCGCACGCCCAACGUCUUGGUCCAAGCCAACAACAAAUGGCGUCCGGCAUCAACCGGAGCCUCUUCAAGAGGGUUUGAAGUCGACGAUAGCGAAGACCCUUGGACAGCCAGAACAUCUCAUCAAGUCUAUCAUCCCUGCCUUGCCUGGUCAGCGUUCUCACCUCGAACUUUGGUUGCACAACGGGAAGAGAUUCUUUGAGGCACCAUGGGUUUACAGGCUGCCCAUGACUUUCGAACAGGAACAUCUCGCAGCCUGUUGGUCUGAGCUUGUCAAAGUUCACGAUGUCCUCCGAACUACCUUUGCAACUGGAACGACGCCGGCGGAGCUGUACCAAGUCCUUCUGUCAGAGGAGUGGUCAGCCCGAUCGCGCUUCAUAGCCCUUCGAGACGCAUCAAAGACGGUUGAGGAGUUGAUCGCAGAGCAUGUGAGUGAGGAGAAUUCCAAGGCAUCAGACUUGAAGGAGCCUCCAGUCCGUCUCUCUCUCUUAGAAGCUGUAGACGGCAAAGCGGUUGUCUUGAGACUCCAUCAUGCACUUUAUGACGCAUGGAGUAUUAAGAUGAUUGAGCAGGACCUCGACAAUAUCCUCAGCGGGGGUGGUAUCCGAGACACUCGUCAGUCACUGGAGCAAGUCGUCCAGAGUAUCAGAGCAAUCAGACAACCAGAAGCCGAAGACGCAUACUGGAGGCGUCAUCUUUCCGGUGCUGAAGAAACCAUUUUGGGUCACAAUGCUGAACAUACUGUUCUAUCAGCGCAUGGCCCGCAGUUCAAGACGAGCUCUAACAUCGUACCUCAGAAUAGCAUCAGGUCGCUGUUGCAGAAGAGUAGCUCAGAGGUCUCUGCAGCUAUCAUCCUGUCCUAUGCAAGGACACUGCAGCACUUCACCCAACGAACCAAGCCUACCUUUGGUCUCAACCAUGCUUCUCGAUCGCUUUCAUCACCUGACGGGACUCAAACCCUCGAUCUGACUGCUGCGAGUAUCCCAACUCUUUCUGUGACGCCAUUCUCUAUUGACUUGGAGUCGUCGACUGAAGGGCUACUAGGCUUCAUCCAGGACCAUCAGGCACAGCUCAAUUGCUUCAGCCAGGCAGAUGGUGUUCGGAAGCUGAGCCCCAUGUUCAAUUCGCAUUUGAACAUCAUAUACCGCCGCGAUCAUGCAUCGUCUCAGAUCGAGAACUCUGCAGACGGGCCGCAGGCUUUGGAGAGGUAUAGGCUCCCGGAGCCACUCGCGUCCAACUACUUCACCACUACGAAGCCGUCAUCUACGGUUUCUACCAUUGAGGGGCUUGACGUUGCUCAUUUGCCUGAUCAUCAUUUCUUCUUCAAUGUUAUCGUUGGCGAAAGUGGUCAUGUCACUUUGUCUGCAAGUGGCAAUAAGGCAUUGUUUAAUGGUGACUGCACUAAGGUUACAGAUUUGGUGGACUGUUUUCUUGCUGAGCUUUCCAAAGUUUCAGCACGCGAAGGUUGA